CAAGGAACCACAUAUGCUGUUCAGUCUACUCUGAUACGUCGUCUAUGACUGUCACGUGACCGUCAGAAAAUAACAGUGCUCAUCGUCUCCGAUCGGCUCAUCGCGAUCCAAUGUAUCGUUACAGUAUUUACAACUAGUCUGUAUUAUAUCUUGUGUAAAAUUAAAUUUAUAAUGAAACAACCACAAUAUGGUUAAAUGUAUUGUUUGGUUAAAACUAAAAAGACAUCAAUUUACAAACAUUCCUUUGUCAGUUUUCAUAACCUAACUUAAACAGAUCUAACAAAAAGUCGAGGGGAUAGAAAGCCCAUUUUUUAUUCAGAUUACUCGCGCGUGAAAAUGAACUCGAAAAAUGAAUAUCGCAGGUCAAUAGACGAGUAUAAACCUGCUGUUCCAAUAAGAAGGAAGAUCGGUCCGUAUUGGUUUCUAGCGGCUUUAAGAAUUAUUUUGACAUUAAUUCCUCAAUCGGGAUACAUCCAUCCUGACGAAUAUUUUCAAUCCAUCGAAGUUGUAUCUGGGGAUUAUUUUGAUAUUGAUGUUCAUAAACCAUGGGAAUUUAAUUCCACAUUUCCCAUAAGAACUGCUUUAAUACCACAAAUUACUGUUGGUAUACCAUAUUCGAUCUUAACAAGAGUAUCACAGUAUACACGUUUCUACUUUGGCAUGUCAUUAAAGAUACCAUACUUUCUUGUAUUACUUCCACGUCUAUUGAUGUGUGGCUUAUCCUUUGUAUCAGACUAUUGUCUAUAUAAAAUAUGCUACAUGUAUGGACAAAAUUAUAAAAUAAGACUGAUCGCUUAUGCCAGUUCCUAUGUUAUGCUUAUUUAUGCGACACGUACAUUAUCAAAUACUGUCGAGUUGGUAUUGACAGCUUUGUUACUGUACUAUGCAUCAUACUGUAUGGUAUAUUCAGAAAAGGUAGUUAUUCAAAGCGACUAUCUCUCAGACAAAUAUAAUAAAGCACAAACUGGAGUGGACAGAGUAAAAUAUUAUAAGCUCAAAGCUACGCUACCACCACAUUCUUUAAACCAUUGUUUCAAAAUUGCAACAAUUACAGUAGUUGGUAUAUUUAAUAGACCAACAUUCAUUGCAUUUGCAUUUUCCCCUAUAUUUUUUUGGUUGCAAAGAGGUCUAGGCUCAAGGAGCGUAGGCUUUGGAGAUUUUCACAUUCGAAUAUUCACUCUUGUAGCAUGUGGAAUACCUGUAGCUAUCUUUUUUAUUCUAGUCGACAGCUUUUAUUUUGGUUAUUUAACUAUGGCAGAAAUCGGUAGUCUUAGUAUUAGUAUGAAUAAUUUUGUAGUAACACCACUCAAUUUCUUCAAGUACAAUGCAAACAGCAAAAACUUACAAAGUCAUGGAUUACAUCCAUAUUAUGUACAUUUCAUAGUAAAUGUUCCUCUUUUAUUCAAUGUUCUUGGAGUUAUUGGCCUCUUUACAUUUGGCAAAAUGUUACACAGUGGCUUGAAAGCUCGCUGGUUGGAUUUGCCGCGUAUACAAAGUGUUGUUGGUUUGAUGACUGCAUCUUUUAUUAUCCCCAUUGUAAUGCUGUCUAUUUUCCCACAUCAAGAACCUCGAUUUAUAAUACCAACGGUUCUACCUCUGGUUUUCUUGUACGCACCAGAUUUAAAUCAAAUUUCAGGUGUUGAUACUGUUGCAAAAGUUACUGAGAACAAUGCACACGAUAGUAACUUUACAACAAAAAAGAAACUCACUAAAUUGCAAUUGUGUUGGUUCAUAUGUAAUAUUGCAUUAGCAUACUUCUAUGGGUUUGCUCACCAAGGUGGAGUUUUACCUUUGACAUCUCAUUUAGCCAAUGAAUUGAAAGCUAAACCAGAGCUGACUCAUAUACAUCUAUUUACAUCAAAUACUUAUUCUUUACCAACUGCACUUUUACAUUUGAGAAAUACUAAGAAAACUUAUAUUAGUAGUGGGAAUCAUAAGUAUAAAUUAGUCAAAGAUUUUCAUCUUUACGAGCAAGGUUCAAAAUCUAUAAAUGAUGUGUAUAAUAUUAUUGCCUUAAAGAUCCGUGAUUGUGAACAGAAAUAUGUUGUAAAAAGGAUACCAUAUAGAUUAUAUUAUGCUCUUCCUGGCACUGAUAUGGAAGAAUUUAUUUCUAUUCAAAAUAAGACAAACCUGUUUAAUUACCAUAUAGUAAAGAAAUUUCAACCACAUGUUACAGUCGAGAAAUUACCACU